AUGAUAGAGGAAACACACAAGUCUCAUCAGGGACUCCAAGCAUGCCUUCGAAGGGCCAGAGAGGUUUUCUUCUGGUCAGGAAUGUCUGCACAACUCAAGAAUCGUAUUAAUAAAUGCUCCAUAUGCCAAAGUGUGACACCUGAACAAGCCAGCGAACCACUUCAGCCUCACCCAGUUCCUGGCAGGCCAUGGCAACGAGUUGGAACAGAUUUGUUUACCUUCGGGGACCGAAACUACCUUGUAUUAGUUGAUUACUACAGCAACUUUUUCGAGCUGGAUCAUCUUGCCGACACUUCGUCCCAGACAGUCAUUCACAAGCUGAAGAUGCAUUUUUCGCGACAUGGGGUGCCCGACUACGUAGUUUCUGACAAUGGUCCUCAGUAUACAUCCUCAGAGUUCCGAAGAUUUGCAGCAACUUGGAAGUUCACUCACGUCACUACGUCACCACACUAUCCACAAGCUAAUGGGAUGGCCGAAAGUGCAGUCAAAACCUGGAAGACUUUAAUGAAGAAAGCUCUUCUGUCCCAAUCCGAUCCAUAUCUUGGUUUAUUGGAUCACCAUAACACCCCCACUGCUGCGACAGGUAUGUCUCCCUGCCAACGACUUUUUGGUCGCCGAACAAAGACACUUCUACCCUUCUCAGAGUCGUUACUCAAGACUGACCAAACAGUUAGUGAUCUUCUCAAAAGGGAUCGUGUCAAGCAAGCUAAACAUUUCGACCAGCAUGCUAAACAACUCUCAGAACUCAAAUCAGGUGACAUAGUGCGCAUGAAAAUGCCUGGAGAAACAAAGUGGUCAAAAGCAGUUGUUUUCUUCUAA